CACGAGGGGGGUUGUGUGUUUGUGUCAUGCAUAUUGAACAAAUAAGCCAAUCAUGCCUUCUCUCGCGCCUUGCCCUAUGAGUUGUGACGUCACGUGAACUGCCCGUGUUCGUUCCAGCUGAGAAGACAGCCGUCGCGCAGCCCAAAUCCAAGCCCGUGCUUCAGUACAUUGGCUACACAAAGUACGCGGGGGAAAAGAGGACCCCCCCCUCCCGAAAGAACGAUAGAGCGACAGGAAAGCUUAAAGAAAAAAGUAAUACAGCUUGUCACCCGACAAAUAGCGCGCGUACUCAGAGCCUUCUCCGCUUUUCGCUCUUCAUUAUUUGUUAAUUUGGCAUUGUGGAGCAGGACAUUCUUUUUCCUUGCUUCGAGUUUCAUUUUGGUCAUAUUUGAAUCGUCAUUUUUUGGGGUGUUGAUCAACUCAGGAUAUUUUUCGACAACAAUUUAUUGAUCUCCAGCUCGGAUUUUAUUUUGUCCACCUUUGAAUUGACCAUGGGCACCAGUCAUUAGUUUGACGUUUACAACUGGUCUCUAUUGGAGAAUAACACCUUGAUCUGCACCGGGGAUUUAAAAUAAUAUAGUGUUGCACCAUAUCUACUGGAAUACUGUUUAUUAUAAUGAUACAACAGUGGAUAUAAUAACACUUCAUAGCCUAAAUAGAGGGAAAGCGGUGAUCAAUCUGCCAGUCGUUUCGACUCCGCCUGCGCCCCAGGAUCCUAAUCAACAACCAGGUCCGGCCAACUAUGUCCAGGCAGCUCACCCAGCUCCUGACCCCGGACCUCCCAGCCGGCGCUAGCCCGCAGUUCGGGAAUUGCAACCAGUCUGGUGGCUCCAUCAGCGGUGGACACCUCAACUCCAUGGCUAGUUUGAAAUCCCUCCUGCAGCAUCCGAUGAAGGGAGACCGUGCAAUUGUCAAAGACUGCUGCGACGUUAAAGACAAAGACAGAACCAUCACAGACAUGGAUGAGGACUCCUUGGGUGGCGGGAACGGCGGCUGCAACAUGCGUACCGGCAGCAGCGGGGUGAGCAGCAGUAACAGUAACGGCUGUGGCAGCGGAGGAGGAGGUGGAGGAUCAGGUGGAGGAUUUAACCAGUCUGCGUUCCUGGGACCCCUCCUGUGGGAGAGGACCCUGCCAGUGGAAGGAGGCCUCUUCCAGCUGCAGUACAUGGACCUGGAGGAAUUCCUCACAGAGAACGGCAUGGGCGGUGCCCACGGCCAAAACAGUUCCAGUACAGCCCAGAUCCCGUCCCAGAGUUCCCAGUCGGCGGUGCCCAAUCAGAGUUCCCAGUGCCCCCCCUCAUCGCCCCCACCCUGCUCUUCAGCCUCCUCCUCGUCAUCAUCAUCUUCCCCGUCACUCAUCGGCCUGGAGGUGGCCCAGUCCAACAUGCAGGGAGGACUUGACUAUGGAGGCAGUCAAUCGAGCAUGAACGACGACUGCGGCUCGCCUGGUUCCUCUGUCUCCUCUUCGUCCUGCACUCCUCUCAUGACGCCCACAUCCAACGGUCCAGAUGUGAUGGGUGGCUUUGAACCCGAUGCGGCCGACGUGGCUCUGUCCAGCGUGCCCGGCCAGGACGCCUUCGACCCCCGCAGACACCGCUUCAGCGAGGACGAACUCAAACCACAGCCCAUGAUCAAGAAGGCCCGCAAGAUGCUGGUGCCAGCAGACCUCAAGGAUGAUAAGUACUGGUCCCGGCGGUGUAAGAACAACGAGGCAGCCAAGCGUUCUCGUGACGCGCGGCGCUUGAAGGAAAACCAGAUCUCGGUCCGCGCCGCCUUCCUGGAGAGAGAGAACCAGGCACUCAGACAGGAAGUGGCUGAUAUGAGGAAGGAGCUCGGUCGCUGCCGCAACAUUCUCAACAAAUAUGAGAAUCGCCAUGGAGACCAGUGAAGAAGAGGAGGAGAAAGAGAACGAACUGAUGGGUGGAAUGGGGUGACAUGAUGAUGAUAACGAUGAUGAUGAUGAUGAAUGUAUGAGACGAUGAGAAGGGUGAUAUAAAGAAGCUCAGGUGUCACAUUUUGAUGAUGUCAGUGGGCAGGGUUAAAGGUUAGGGACAGAGAGAUUACAUAAUCCGGAGGACUGUUGCCCCUUUAGACGAAAGAAGAGAAGACUUGACUUUGAGGAUUUUGAUAUCGGAGAAUUGUAUAUUUUUAUAUUAAGACUAGAGGGGGAGCAAAUUUUGGAAAUAAUUUUUGUAUAUUUUCUAUAUGAAUGGGAAAGAUGUAAGAUACAGAGAGAUGGAGGGCUAUGACAAAAUAUCUUUUUAAAGUAGAUUGAUAAAGGAGAUGCUAUUUUAGAGGUGGUAGACAGGGAUUUUUAGACAGGAUUCAGAGUCAGGGACUAGGAGGCAAGGCGGCCAUUUUAAACUGUAAAAUAGAGAGCAAAAUGAUUUUAAAAUUGUACAGUUCAACAUUUCUUUGUGGAUUUUACUCAAGCACUUAAUUUGUUUUCUUUGUUGUGUUUCUAACUGAUGGGGGUUGGGCUGAAAUGGUAGGAAAGUGAAAGAGAGAGAGAGCGAGAGAGAAAUGGGAGAAACACUAUUAACCCAGCACAAUCUUCAGCACUUGUCCUGUGUUUGUAAAUAACAAGUCCUUCAUAUUGUUACAACUUUUGCAACCUUUACUAACAGUUUGGACUGUUUAGUAGUUGUCUGGAUGUCUGGGCUUUGGUGCAACAGCUCUUACGUUUGAUUAUAGCUGCACUAUCUCCUCUGUCAUAUAGAGAAUUGUAUUAUGUGACCCCAAGACUAGCAGGGCAUUCAAUCACACUACAGCUAAUGGAUGGGGCGACUGUUAGUUUUUAUUAUGUAUACUAUGAACUCAUAUUGCUGAGCCCUUGGCCAUCUCUCUCUCUCGCUCUCUUUCUGUCACUUUUUGUCCUUUUAGAUUGCUGUCAGUUCUAACUGAUAUAGAAUAUAUUUCCCAAGCUGGGUUGGUAGGAUUUUUUAGUUGUUCUGGUUACAGUGGACCGUUUUGAUCUUCUCUCUGCAUUGUGAUGUUUUCUUCCUUCCUAGGUUUUUUAUAUCGAAUUGACCCAAUUACAACAUGGUUAAUGUUGCCUACAACCAAUCACGAAAAGGCUACUUUUACCUUUAACCGAUCCUAACAACCGGUCUCUGUGGUUGUAGAUUGUAUACAUAAUACCACAAUGUCUUCACACCCUCCUAAAUAGUCCACCAACUACCCAGGAAAAAGCACACUUGUGUUACUGUACAAUAUUCAUGAUUUUAGUUAGCAUUCUUAUUAUUGGUAGAAGAUAAAUAUUGUCUAUAUUAAAUAUACCAGUUUGUGUAUUUUACAUAGGUAUAUGCUAAGUGUGAAUGUUGCAGAGAUGAGAUGUGUGUAUGACUGCGUAUAUGCAAAUGUAUUCCAGGAGAUGGGGUUUGUGGUAGGGUGUCAUAUCAAAUGUGACCCUAUUCUCCCAUAUACAUAGGGAAUAGGUUAUCAUUCGAGAUUAUGCUAUUAUUACUCUCCCCAUCGAUCGGAAUGGUGUUAAAUUCUCAGAUUUCUGGGACUAAUAAAAAAGCCAAAAUUUUAAAUGUUGAUUUAUUAAGGUUGUUGAUACUUUCUGUUAGUUUUCCGGCAUUUCUGUGUUGUUGAGCAUCGUCUUAGUAUCCACAUAGUGUCAUGUUUCACUACCGACUCACUAAACCCAGGGGAGAGAAAGGGCCCAGUCAACCCAGUGAUAGUGCUUCUUUUCCUCAACGACCAUGUUAUAACUACCAUUACUAUUAUUAUGAUUAUGAUGAUUGUUACCCCCCUUUAUUGUUGCUGUUAUAUAUAAUUGAAUGAUUUUAUUUCUUUGGAUGAACAUGAUUUGUUUCGUAUUGAAGCAUCUUUGAUCUCAAGCUAUCCUCACAGAGAGACUAUUCAGAAAUGCAUCCUUGUUUUUAUGUCACUUCCUGCCCUGCACCAUGUACAUCCUGUUUUGGUCCCCCGAGGGCCGCUGGUUUGUUCAUGACCCCUACGUACAGUUUCUAACCAGACUUCACUGAAACACAGUUCCCAGAGGAAGGCGGCCAUCUUGGUUUCUCUGUUGAUCAUGGAUUCCACAAUCUCGCUGGCUCAUCUCAUACCUGGAGAACGACAGCGGUAGAAUCCCAUGCACUUCUGACUGUACACGUCUGUUCAGUUCUCUAGUUGUGUAUGGACUAUGCACUCUAGCCACAGUUUUCCUCUUGGUUUUCUGCAGCCUAUUUUCACCUCAGUGACUGUAUGUAUGCUCUCCCAACUGGAUGUUGUUCCUGAUCUCCCUGACGUGGAUGAUGAUAACUCAUAUAGUGACUUUUAUUGAACUACAACUACCCAUCUGCACCGGUGGUGUCCACUGUUCCAGCCCACUCAGUGCUGGCAAUGGGGAUGUAGUCAAACUUUCCCCGAAAACACAAAUAAAAGAUUGUUCUUA